AUGCUCGGCGACUUCACUAAACCAGACAACAUGCGCACAAGCUUUCUCUCCACAAUUCAGCGUAUUGGUACGGGCACUCUAGCUCUCAGUAUCUGGAUUGCUACAUUUCUUAAAGGUGCUGUGUACAUCGCGGGCAAAUUCAGCCUUUCCCGUACAGUCCAACAGGGCUUGAAUGGCGAACGUACGGCGAUUAUGAACUUUCGGACUCAACAUCGCCCGAUCUUGCACGCUCUUGCCCAUAUCGCGGUAUUGGAGCCCUUGGCAGACCGUAUUGAAAGCAACUUCGUGGACGAGACGCUUCAUCCAAGCGCAAGGCACGGGCUCGGUGUUAUUCUCAAGUCAAUCUCUGUUCAGCUCGGACAGAGGAGCUUGGCGAAUAUGAGCGAACGAUGUGGCGCUCGAGGGGCAUUUAUCCAUAAUCAAAUCAUGGAGAUGGAGGCACUGACGCGAUUCAGCGGCAUCGCUGAAGGGGAAAUACUUGUCCUCACAAUCCGACUAGCCACAGAGCUCCUCAUAGGCCGAUACUCCUUGCCCGAGGCCAGAUACCCCGACUGCCUGCUGGCGCGUCACGAGGCGGGCCUCAUUUACGAGGCGAGAGAGAUGAUCCGAUACAUUUCUCACCCAUUACUAGCGACAUCCAACGCCCAAGAUCAAGGUCUCGAUCACCAAGGACAGGAUAGCAACCGUUCCCACCGCAGUGAAUCAUACAACAAGCACAUCCUUCCCCUCUGCCGCCCACUGAUCCUCGCCAUCGCCCAUCGCAUGGCUUACGAAGCCGCCCUCGACGCAUCCAUCGACCCCAACCUCCUCGCUCUUUUCGAGGCCGAGAUGAUACAGACAGAUCCCGGUUGGUACAUCGAGCGACUAGGACUUAGCCGAUCAGCGCAGGCAGAAAUGGAAGACCACGCAAUGGAUGCCCUCUUCCCCAGACUCAAGGAGCUACUAGACCACCACGAGGCGGUUGAGCCCUAUCUCACAGCACCGAUGUUAUCCUCGUCACGAUGGAAUGAGUUCCAGAAGUCGUUGCCUACAUUUGACGGCAGAGAAGCAGCAAGGCUAUAAUUUUUCUGCUGCCUUCCCGUUUCUAUCUACGGAGUAUGACAAUUUCUUUGUUGAGUUAACAAAAAGUCGGAUCAUUAAGUGAAUAGGUAAUAAAUUGAUUCUGUUCUGAUCAUCAAUGAGAUCACCUGGGGCCAAAACACCCGACAAGGGCACGGUCUACAUACUCCGACCAACAACCCUAACUUACUCAUCAAGGCAACACCAUUCGAAUCUCCCAACUAGGAAACCCCAAAUUCCCAAACACGGAAUAAGCCGCUGAUCUGCAGUCCGCUUCUCCGUAUCCAUCUCCCCUCGCCAUGUCAU